CCAAAGUCCAUUUUGCCCGCGCCUUGACGAAAUUGCGCCUUCUUUUUCUCUCCACUCGUUCCGGGGUCGGCAUUUAACCACAGUGAUUCCCGUCCUUUCAUCUUCCAUUCCCCCAUAUUCACGAUUCCCUCGUCGCGCGAUCGAUCGGUUCUAGUUAGCGCAGCGCUAGUUUCGUGUUAGAUUCUUCACGCAUUCCAUCCAUCAUCCAUCACUCGAUCGAUCAGUGGGCAAAUAGGGUGGAAUUGAUCGAAUUCUUGCAGCAAUGACGGAUCGAAUCCAUCCCGCGGCAUCGCCCUCCGCCCCGAUCCUCGAGGAAUCCAAGCGUCUCAAUGGAGCGUACCAGCAGAAGAUCCCCGAUCAGCUCUUCCCGCCCCAUCCCGCCGCCUACGUCCCGCCGGCAAGGCGGCGAUCGCGCCGCUGCUGUGGCGGCCUCUGCCGCUGUCUCUGCUGGCUGCUCGCCCUCUUCGUCAUCAUCGUGAUCCUCCUGGGCAUCACCGCGCUCGUCUUCUGGCUCGUCAUCCGCCCCGUGCGAUCGCCCAGCUACAACGUCCAGGACGUGUCACCGGUGUUCACGAUCUCCACCGAUUCCAAUCCGCCGCUGCUGGAUGCCAUCGUCUCCUUCACGGUGCGCGCCGAGAACCCAAACCGGAGGAUCGGGAUCUACUACGACCGGGUCGCGAUCUACCUCUACUACGCGGGAUUGCAAGUCGGGGAGAGCUCCAUCGAUCCGUUCUACCAGGGCCACCGCGAUGUCAGGUUCCUGAGGAGCAAUCUCACCACCACGGAUCUGCCCCUAACCCAGGAGCUGGCGACGAGCUUGAGGAACGAUAUCGCCCAGAAUCGCGUCCCUCUGGACGUUCGCGUGAGGGUCAAGGCUAGGGUCAAGAUCGGCGCGCUAAAGUCGCCGCGAGUCAAGGUGAGGAGCCACUGCAGUGUUGUUGUCCGCCCAGACGGGGCGGGGCUCUUGGAAAGGAAUUGCAGGGUGAGAGUGCGACUCUAGAGGAAGAACGCCCUGCAGUAUAUACUCGCGCUUGUUCAUUUCCGUAAAAAAAAACAUUCUUUUGCAUUUGUUUAAUUCUUUUUUAGCCUUUAUUUUUCAAUAAAGUUCAGAAUUUAGGA